AGCGUCCUAAAAUCCCGCAUUAAGCGAGACGUGGCUCUGGAUCGCCACGCAAUCUACGAUCGCUCGCGUGAGCCAGACAGCAACGGUGAGAUCCUCUCCAUUUCGGAACGCCAGAUGCACAUCCUGGAGCGCGCCGCGACCGCUAACAUGAACGUGAUGACCCCAGCGCUGGUAGCCAGCAUGGAGCUGCACUGUCGCGACUUCGUCACCAAGGCGGCGAACAACGAGGACAUGGUGUACGGCAUGUAA